GGUGUCGGACUUCCUGUCGUUGAAAACAUGGCGGCGCCCGAGCGGCCGGAGGCAGCGAGCAGCAGCAGCAUCCCGGACUAUGAGUGCGUGAACGUGAACAGCAAAGCCUUCCACAUCGGCUCCUUCAGGGACGAGUGGCUGAAGAGGCUGCAGCCGGAGGACUUCUCCUUCCAGCAGCUUGAUCAGGACGCGUUUGACGCCAAGUUCGCUGCGGAGAUGGGGGUCGGGGAGGAAACCAUGGCCGAACUCAGAGCCGUCUGCAGUGUUGACUCGCUUCGCUGCCAUCCUGAGGACCAGGAACCCGACAGAGAAGUCCUCCCUCCGAGCCCGACGCUGAAAACGCUGAUACACAGAAAGAAGCUGACGGAGAAGAAGUCGCAGAAAAGUUUCAGAAACAGACAUGAGCUCUACGCGGGGGAACUGGACCGUCAAACCGUCGGGAUGGUACCAGAGACCAAGGCGGACAUGCUGCCUGAAGGGGAGGUCAUCGUAACCGUCAACAUCUACUUCCCAACCAAUCUUGGAAAAUUUAACGGCGUCAGACCCCGCAUGACGCUGCUGCUGACCGGCUCUCACACCCUGGCGGACCUCCGGGACGCCAUCUGCUGCGUCAGCGACCUGCAAGUGUGCGGCGAGUUCAGCAGCACGCCCGACAUGGUUCCAGACUUCAUCAGCAAAGAUCUUUUCAGAUCAGCCUUCUUUUUCUUUGAAGGGGUUUUCUACAACGACAUGCGAUACCCGGAGUGCCAGGACAUCAGCAGCACGACCAUCGAAUGGGCAAAAUCCCACAACUACCCGUCCUUCAGCCAGGGUAAGAUGGAGGACACGCGGUUCUUGGAUCUGACGGUGAAGCUGGGCUUCCCGUACCUCUACUGCCACCAAGGAGACUGCGAACACCCCGUCAUCAUCACAGACGUCAGACUGGUCCAUAAGAGCGACUGCCUGGAUAAGCGGCUGUAUCCGCUGCUGACCCACAAGAACCGGUCGCUGAGCCAGAAAUGUGCCGUUUGCCACGUCUUCAUCGGCAGGUGGUACACGACCCAGGACCAGUUCGCUCCCAGCGAUCCGUGUCUCUUCUGCGACAAGUGCUUCCGCAUGCUGCACUACGACAAGGACGGCAAAAAGCUGGGCGAGUUCCUGGCGUAUCCCUACGUGGACCGAGGUGCCUUCAACUGAAGCUGU